ACGCCUCCGGAUAGACCGCAUGCAUGACUAUAAAUGAAACCCGUCUGACCAUAAACGUUCUGGAUGAAUUAUGCAUAAUGGCCCCAAAUCGUGUUUGGACACAAGUCACACUUGAACAUGUCUGGAUAUCAUUGGAUUAGAUUGAUUGAUAGUAAAUGUCUCUUGUGUGUAAUUCAUUUGAAUUGGGUGACAAUGAAAGGAGCUUUGCACCGCUAGAGUUUAAUGAGGCAGAAUUACAGUUAUCAUUUUUAACUCAUUUGAUGAAUCACCUUGAUGCUCCACACAGCGAGGAAUAUGACGAGCUGCUUUUAAAGCUAAAGCUGAAUGAUGAAGCGUUUUAGCUAAAACCGAGUUCAGUAAAGAAACCUGCAGAAAGUGAUUUUGAUCGAGUAAAAUCAGUGUCUGAGAUUUACUAACAAAGUCAAAAGGAGAUAAAAUACGUGAACCAACAAUCAAGAUCUGAAGGCGUUUGUGAGCGGUCUGUCGUGAGAAGCUGAACGUCCCCUACAUAGUGCACUCGACCGAGACACUUGUUAAAGCGUGCACUGCAGAAGUGCAUUGUGGGUGUUUAGUGGAGCGGGCUCUAAUAAUCCUGCUGACCAACGGGAUGCCAGGAAUGAGUGCACAGGAAACCAGCAUGGGCACGGAGAGUAAAAAAAAAGCAUGUAUCUCAGAACGCAACACGGCCCUUUCAAACGGGCUGAUCACCACAGAAACUAGGAGUGUCAGCAUGGAAGACGAGGACAGACAUUGGACGGCCAAUAAGAAGGUGACGAUGUUUACAGGGUCUAAUCUCACACGGUCUGGAAGUGUGAAAGAUCUCAUCCACAAGUUCUCCUCAAGUGAUGGACCACACACGUCCAACGGGUCUCCGCCUCCUUUGUGCACAAGUACGUCAUUGAGGGUCAAAAGUCAAGAGUUGAUGGAAGGAAUAGGGGGACAGGAUUCUGGCAGUGCUGGGAAAUUGAGAUGUGGAAAGCGAGAUGGCGCAAAGAACCAGAACCGUGGUUCCUCUAGUGACGUGUCCGAGGCCAAAACGCAAAAUCCGCCUCGCUCCAAAAGCGCAGAGCCAAAUCGUCAAAGCCAAGAAAAACAACAUGAAGCAACAAACACGGCAAGCAACAAACACAUCAAAGACAACAAGUGCUCAAAAGACAAAUCCCAUUGCACCAAAGACGAGCGAGAUGCUUCGGUUCCUGGUGCGCAUUCCAACUACAAUGGUGAUAAGCAGCAUGUCAAUACUCCAUCUGAGGACGAACCCACUACCCCUCAAGUCCGACCAAACCCCAAGUACCAGCUCUUCCUGGGGUCCAACAGUACCAGGGGCUCUAACGGUUCGAUGGGGGAGAGCGGUCCACCCAGCAACAGAACCAACGGAAACCUUCUGAGACUCAAUUCAACCAUGCGCGGAUCAAUGGAGUCACUGUCGUCACGGGACUGGGACAGCAUGUCCGACAGAAUGGGUGGAUUUGAAAGCCCUUCCAGAGUAUUUAACAGUCCAUAUGCAACAAUGUCACUGGACUAUAAUCCCUUAAGCAGAAUGUCUGAUAUUAAGACACAGGAAAUGAUGUCACCUGCCGUCUCAGAGAUGAACCUGUUUGGUUUGAACAGAAGUGUGAGUCCCGUUCACAGUCCAGUCAUGGCUCAGCGCUCGCGCAUUUCCAACUACGAAAGUCUGACUCGCAGACGAGAGCCUCCUCCGGGUCAAUUAAUCAUGCAGCGAAACAACCAGCCAAACAAACGGGAUUUCAUCCAGGAACUGACCAAACAACUGGAGGACUGUCAGAGGAGGAAUCAGUUUCUGGAGGCCGAGAGUAUCGAGAUGGAGAAGGAGAGAACUCAGAUCCGCUUUGAGAUGAGGGGUCUGCUGGUGAAUAAUGAAGAUCUGCUGCGCACAAACACACAGAUGCAGGGAGAGACGAGUCGACUGAGGGAGAGGAUCGUUGAGCUGGAGAGCAACAACAACGUCCUGAUAGAACGCUUCAAACAGAUGGAGAAAGAGCUGAAGGAGGCUCGAGAGGUGAUGGUAGAAGCCAACACACAAGAAUACGCCUUCAACUUCCUGCAACAGUCACUCAAGAACAAAAUACAAGACACAGAGGACGCUCUAGAGAAACAGACGCAGCACACACAGACUCUGUCUGAGAAACUGUGGCUCACCGAACGCAGUCUAGAAGAACUGGAGGUGGAGAAACAAACAAAAGCCAAGAAAGCUCUAGAACUCAGUGACCGUGUGUUCAGACUGGAGACAGAGUUGUCAGACGCUCUUCAGGAAUCCAAUCGUGCUCGAGCUGAUCUGAGUCUGCAGCAGAAGCUGCGAGCGGAUGCGCAGCUGCGUGUGGAGGAGCUGGAGGAGAGCGUUCUGGAGAAAGAUCAAGAGCUCCUGCGUCUCACACAGAUCGUCAGCAGACUGCAGGGAGAGGUGACGGUGAAGUUGAGCGAUCGGGAACAGACUCUAGAAGAGGAGAUUCAGCUGCGUGAACGUGUUCAGCUCCAGUGUAAACAAGCCGAGAGAACUGUGGAGGAUUUACGCGUGGAAAUACAGACGCUGAAUCAGACAAGAGACGACCUCGCCAUACAACUCAAACUAGCACAGGAGAAGGCCAUUGAUCUAGAGAGUGAUCUAGAGGAGAUACAGGAGAACGAGCAGAGAUGGGCGUCCAAACACAAGAGAGCUCUGGAUCAGUCUGAACAACUGCAGCUGAAACUCAUUCAGGAGAAAGAUCUGAACGACCAGCUCGAGUGUGAGAAAGCCAUUCUAGAGCGACAGCUGCGUGAUCUGCGCUCUGAGAUGGAGGAAAUGCAGAAUAACAGAGUUGAAGUGGACUCCAUCACGAGAGCUGAGAGUAAAGCUAAAGAUCUGGAGAUCACACUCCGAACGGAGGAGAGGAAUAAAGUGGUGAUGGCGAACAGCAUCAGUAAACUAGAGAGGAAGAUUAAUGAACUGACGGAACAGAUCGAGGAAGAGCACAAGAUCUCCACUGAACAGAGAGAGCUGAUGACUCAGCGUAUCCGUUCACUGAAGCGACAGCUGAAUGAGGCCGAGGAAGAGGCGAGUCGACGUGACGUUCAGCACAGACACACACAGAGAGAACUGAUGGAGGAGAGAGAAGCUAACAGCAGACUGCAGAGACAACUACUGGACCAACACAUGACCAUGAAGAGGAAAGAGUCGAGACAUACCCUGGAGAACCUGAAACUGGAUCUGAGUGUGGAAGUGGAAGAGGAACAGAAUGAGAACAACAACGAGUCCAAAUCCACAGAAAAGCAUGUGACACAGGUGUGACCCUAAACACCCAUCCAAAACACACCAGAACUUUCAGAUUCAUCCAAACAAACACAGGCCAACGGGACCCACCUGAAGCAUCAACCUGCAUCCAAACAUUAAAACCACCAGCGGAGACCAGAGUCGCCGACUCGUCCUACUGUCAAACUUCUCACAAACAUUGAAUCCGAGAGGAGACACGACACGGAAAACACCAAACCAGAUCCUGUAAGAGCUUCACGGCCCAAUACUUUAAAUGGGGUGAAACCGUCAAAUCUGAUAUGUGCAUUCGUCUCUGAUUCCUUCAGAUUACAGGAAGAUAUUCAGUAGUUAAUUGGUUAUCCAACUACGUGUCUAUUCUGUUAUUUUUCUGUCAUUGUUGUUAAUGCUUUUAAUAGUCUUUGUUUACAUAUGUAUCGACAAUCAAAGAGAUAAUCAUAAUGAAUGUUAAUCUGACAUCCUGCUGAUCGUUCCCAGUUUAAGGUUUUAUUUAUGAUGUAUUUUGGGACUUUUCAUCUUGUACUGCAUGCAUUUAUUUGGCUUUUCAUGAAUAUACGGGAAUAUUAUUUCUGUGUGUGUGUGUGUGUGUGUGUGUGUGUGUGUGUGCAUUAAAACAGAGAUAAAUGUGUGACUGAGACCGGGUGUGACGUAUAUUAAUUCUGUUGAAGGAUAUUAAUCAGUUGAAAUUAGUGGACGGUAUAUAUGUUGAGGAGAACCCAAGUAGCACACUUAAUUAAAAUGUGCAUGUGUCCAAAAGAAUGUAAAUUUAAUGAGGGUUUUACUGUAUAGCAACGUUGGAUGAUCACACGCUGCAUUUGGUGCCACCUGAACAACAAAAGUCGUUUUGUCUGUGGUUCUAAGAUUAAUGUGGAAUAAAAUAUUCUAAACCAAGAUUUCUGACCUGUGGGUUUC